AUGGCUAAUCAACAAGGACCCAAUUAUCCCGAGUUCUCCGAGAUUGAGGUCAAAUCCGACAUGGAAUAUAGGAGCAUUGCCUUUUUCUUUUACAGAGCAUUUCAUCCGCUUCUUCAGAGGAAACCAAUUGCAUUCAACGAAUUCUGGGAGAACUGAAUUUUACAGCUCGAGAACCGAUUCCUCAAGUUCCUGAAAACAGUGGAUCCGUUGGUUCUCUCGGAUAACUUCAAAAAUAAAGGUUUCUUUUUUAGAUGGAUUCUGUACUAAAUGGCAUGCAGACAGUCGCCCAAGCUUCCACCCUUUUUGUAAGACCAAUUUUUUUGAAACUUCAUAGAGAAAUUUCCAGUUGCCUCCCACAUAUGCCGCUGGCGUGAAUGUCGCAGCUCUCGCCGUACCAUUAGUUGUUCGGACAGCCGCAUCUUUGGUUUAUUAUCAUUAUUAUUAUCAAGUUAAAAAAAUUUGUGUAGGUUCAAAGAGGAAGCCACUCAAAAGUAAAGUCCAGAAGGACCAGCUCUGGGAAUGUUUUAAAAAUAUGCUGACCAUGGAAUGGGAGUGGUCUCAGCUCACAGUGAGACUUCUGAAUGAGACCAUGUUUCUAGAUGUAGUUUUUCACGCUGAUUUCAAAUCUGGCUUCAAAAGUAGCUCGAUACGUCUGUGAAAAAAGUUAGGGAAUCUUAAAGGUCGGAAAUUUAGAAUCCCAGUAAUCCAUUGACACGUUUUCAUCUUUUCCAGAUGCCCGAGGACGUUGGCCCAAUUCAAGCGCAGAUCGAUUUAGUGACUCAAGACAUAGCCUUGGGCCAAGAACAUCACUUGAACGCAAUGGAACACCGACAAUCUCUCCACGAGAGAAACUUACAAGAUUUCGAGCAUAGAAGACUGGAAAACCGUCUAGCAGAAGAAGAGCUUCGAGAGGAAUGUAAGCAGAACACGGAAGAGUUCGUGCAAGAGCUGAAGGAGCUGGAAGACGCUCAGAAGGAAGCUUUGGAGGAAUUUCGAAAAGAUACGGACACAAAGUUGAAGGAGCUGGAAAAGGUGUCCGAGGAGAGGCGGCGUGAGUUAGGAAAGGUUUGUUGGGAAAAUAUUUCACCUCUCAUAUUCUUCCUACAGUAAUCCGCAACGCUCAGAUUGGAAAAACUCAAAAAAAAAACAUAAGAUUUGCUGUUGGCAAAAUACAUUUUGGGAUAUAGUCUGUGUGCCACGACUUGAAAUUUCACGGAACGACAUUCCGCUGUGCCGCUGUUCGCCUUUGCGAACCUUGGUCGCGCUUUUAAUUCUUCUAAGUUUUUAUCAAGGUACUCUAUUUUCAUGUGCUCCCACAGCAAUAACAAUCAAUUGAAAGGGUGACCUAGAUUCGAAAGACGCUUCGCGAACGCACGCAGAGGAACAGCGGAAUGUCGUUCGGUGACAUUUCAAGUCGUGGCAUCCAGACUAUAAAACUCCCUACUUCAUCCGAUAAACUUUUUCUAAGUUCAAAGGCGAUGGAGGCACGUGUACUGGGGUGACUGAUUGCAGUCGCGACGCGGCUUUUGGCGCAAAAAACAUUCACACCCAAAAUGACUGUGUGUUUUUAUGAUUUCCAUUCUUUUCGCGCUAGUCGAAUGAAAAUAAAUUUGAAAACUGCGUUUUACUUCGUUUAAUCAACACUCGCUUUUGAAAAAACCAUUUCGAAAUCCGCAUCACGUGCUCUACAGUAAACUAGCAUCCAUCGCCUUUCAAGUAAAUUGACUGACAAAAAUUUCCUUAUGCACAAGUUUGAAAAACAGAACUACAAAGAAGAGAUGGACAUGAUGAAAAAAGGAUGCGCAGAGCAACGACGGGAAAACAUUUCGCGGGUGGAUGCCUUGAGAUUCGACAACGAAAAAAAUCAAAAGAUUGCCGAUGAGAAGAUCCAGGAGCUGAGGACGGAGGCAGCCAAUCAGCGAUUGGAAAACGUUCAACAGUCGGAAAUUGUUCAUCACGAAGUGUUGGACCAGACGGUCAAACUAUUCGAAAAGCAGGAGAAAGCCUUCGAAAGACAACUAGAAAUACAACUGGAAGCCGGGAGAAAGAACACGGAAACCCGCAUUGAGUACAUCCGCGUCAUGGUCAACAUAAGCGUUUUGGAGAGUCAAGAAUCUCAAGUUCAACGUCUGAGAGCAGCCACGCUUAAAUGGUUCGAGGGAGUUCGCGAUGUCGUCGAACUGAAGACAACGCUUCUCCAAUUGGUAUUUGUUUAUUUUCAUCAAAAUCAGUAGUUUGGCCUGUCGGAAAUGUGUUUUGUGUAUUGGAUUUUAUUUCUCUCGAAAGCGAGGAUUUGAGAAGGCCAUACACUCUUCCUCUACUGGCAAGUCCUAGGUGCAAAUGGAAAAUAUAUUUUUGGAUAAAUUCCGCUUCUUGUCUUCAUCUACGUUGAUGAACUCGUGGCUUGAUGAACUAGUGAAAUCAACUAUCAAGAAAAGCUCUAAUUUCUAACUUAUGAGAUCCUUCCGAAAGGCGAAAAAAAAAUCACAAAAUCCGUAGUCGCUCCUUUUUUUUAUUUAAGAGUAGCAGAAGUAACUAGGAACUACAAAUCCUCAAGGUUCGCCGGAAAACCCACUUUGUCCUCAAACAAGCUCUUCCCGAAAAAUGAAACUGCAAGUCACUAUAUUUGACCAAACAGUACUCAGGAAAACUGAGCAGUUUCAAACCUUCCUUAGAAAUCAGACCAAAUCAGAAAAUAAUCGUUGAGUUCAGAUAUCGGAGUACAACUUGGACAAGCCCAACAAUGUUUAUAUUCUCAAGGUUGGAAGCCCCAAUAAUCAUUCUAUUUUCAUUUGAAGUACAGAGGGAUAUGGAAAAACUCAGAAAUGACAUCAGGGCCGUCAACAGGCUUCACGACAAGGUCAGAGAAACUCUAACUGGCAGCAGUAUUCACAGGGAUCAAAAUAUUCUCAAUAGCUUCAAUGUGAGUUGGAAGAAUGAGUAUGUGUUCAGGGAAGAAAAUAAGAGAUUCAGACUGCUCGAGACGCGGUCGGCCUUGCUCUUACAGCCAUCGUGAGCACCUUCGUACCAAUUCACGAUCGUUUAUUGGUUCGUUUUUCAUUUUCCAGAAUUUUAUCGAAUUUUUUUAAAGAAAAAAAUCAAGAUUUUUCGUGUGAUAUACCAUCAUUAGUGGAAAUUCACACACAUUUCACACAAAAAAGUCUUUUUUUUCAAUAAAGUUCUUAUGCAAAAUCAGCAUUCAGUGAAUGCAGAUAUCCGACCUACAGUAUGGUGAUCAGAGUAGUAAUUCCCUUUCAGAGACAUCAAGAUCUGGACCACAGCCUCAUCAGUCAGCCUUUUGAGCAACUAGAAACCGCACUUAGGACGAUCCCAGAACUGUGCGACGAACAGAGAGCUCUCACUGAAGCCACAAUUCUGCUGGAACAGCUCUCAAAAAAUCCUGACCCUCCUCAACAGCCCCAACUCGAUGAAUAA